UUAUUAGUGAGUAGGCUUUGUCCAUCACUCAUUCAUUCCAUUUAUAUUGUAUUCAGAAAUUAUCAACAGGCGCCGACUUUGUUUGUCUAUUUUCUCUGUCUGCCCUCGCCCCAUUAUCUUUGUAAGUAAAGCUAGUAAUUUAUCCUUUGCUUUGCUUUGCUUGUAGCAGUUUUUGAAAUGUCAGUGACAGAGAGAUCCUACGGCUGAAAAAGAAGGUUUUUAAUUUUAGGAUGGAGGAAGGGAGGGAAGGAUAAUAGUCAAUCCACCGGAGAAACCUGUGAUUAGGAGGGAGGUGCGGCGGCUGUUUGCCCCAAAAGGCGAAAAGAGAGAGGAUUGGCCUCUGCCUCUGUGUGCUGGGGCUGCCUUUUUUUAAUUAAUUAAUUUAUUUUUAAAAUUUUAAUUUUAGGAAAGAUGAUGGUGAGGAAUGUGGUGAUGGUGAUGUUGUUUGUGACGGUGAUUGCUCCCAUUAUACUUUACACUGAUCGUCUUGGGUCCUUCCAGGUCUCCUCUUCCUCCUCUGGAGACGAUUUUGUUGAAGAUGUUACAGCCGUUGCUGCUAAUGCUCAUACUGGCCGUCUAAAUCUGCUUCCCCAGGAAUCAUCCACAACCCUUAAAGAACCUGUCGGAGUGGUAUAUUCCGACAACUCCACUAAUUCAUAUCCAGAGACAAAGGGGAGCUCCGCCCACCUCAAUCACUCUCAUAAAGAUGGGCCUUCAGUGGACUCCAUGGAGCAUGUAUCCGCUAGAGUGUUAUCUACCACCAACGACCAAAAUCUGUCUCAAACAGAUAAUCCCAUCAGACAGGUCACUCAAACACUUGAGCAAGGAAACCAGUUUAUGUCUGACUUAGAUGCCAAAGGAGGUGGUGCUUCUGAGCAAAAUAUUGAUAAUGCCUCUCAGACUACGGAAAUAAAGAAUGAGCGACAAUCCACUCAAACAUCCAGCAGGGUUGAUCAAAGAAAACCCAAGAAAACUAUGACUGAAAAACAGAAUGAUGAAACAGCUGUGCCAAAUGUUCGGGUACGAUAUCUUAAAGACCAGCUCAUCAGGGCAAAGGUCUACCUAUCUCUUCCAGCCACAAGAAACAACCCCCAUUUCACAAGGGAGCUUCGACUGCGAAUAAAGGAAGUUCAAAAAGCACUUUGGGAGGCAACCAAGGAUUCUGACCUGCCAAGGAACGCCUACGAUAAGUUGAAGGCAAUGGAACAGACGUUGACUAAAGGUAAGCAGAUUCAAGACGACUGCGCCGCUAUGGUGAAAAAGCUUCGAGCUAUGCUUCAUUCAAUGGAAGAGCAACUCCGGGUGCACAGGAAGCAGACGUUGUUCUUGACACAAUUGACGGCAAAAACACUUCCCAAGGGACUUCACUGUCUUCCAUUGCGCCUUACCACUGAAUACUAUACCUUAAAUUCUUCUCAACAGAUCUUUCCCAAUCAAGAGAAACUAGAAGAUCCCCUGCUGUACCAUUAUGCACUAUUCUCAGACAAUGUAUUGGCUGCAGCGGUUGUUGUAAACUCAACUGUCACCCAUGCUAAGGACCCUGCAAAUCAUGUUUUCCAUAUUGUCACUGAUAGGCUCAAUUAUGCUGCAAUGAGAAUGUGGUUUUUAGUAAAUCCGCCGGGCAAGGCCACUAUUCAGGUUCAAAACAUUGAAGAAUUUACAUGGUUGAAUUCAAGUUACAGUCCGGUUCUGAAGCAGUUGGGUUCUGCAUCCAUGAUAGAUUAUUACUUUAGGACUCAUCGGGCCAAUUCUGAUUCAAAUUUGAAGUUUCGAAACCCAAAGUACUUGUCUAUCCUGAACCAUCUCCGCUUUUACCUUCCAGAGGUCUUUCCAAAGCUCAACAAAGUUCUGUUCCUGGAUGAUGAUGUGGUUGUGCAGAAGGAUCUUACUGGGCUCUGGGCCCUUGACUUGAAGGGAAAUGUUAAUGGGGCUGUGGAGACUUGUGGAGAAAGCUUCCAUCGCUUUGAUCGGUAUCUUAACUUUUCAAAUCCUCUUAUCUCAAAGAAUUUUGAUGCUCGUGCUUGUGGAUGGGCAUAUGGAAUGAAUAUCUUUGAUUUGGAGGAAUGGAAGAAGCAAAACAUCACAGAGGUGUACCACAGAUGGCAGGAGCUGAAUCAUGAUAGACAAUUGUGGAAGUUGGGAACCCUACCACCUGGGCUCAUAACAUUUUGGAAACGCACAUACCCACUCGAUCGCUCCUGGCAUGUGCUGGGCCUUGGUUAUAACCCUAGUGUUAACCAGAAGGAAAUUGAUCGAGCAGCUGUUAUACACUAUAAUGGUAACAUGAAACCGUGGCUUGAGAUAGGCAUACCCAAAUACCGAAAUUACUGGGUAAAAUAUAUUGAUUAUGAUCAUAUGUAUAUGCGAGAGUGCAAUAUCAAUCCAUAGAAUGGCACUUAUGGUAUGUUUGAAGUGUUCUGCGCAACACCUUCCUUCUAAGCUGUAAAAUGUGACAGGUUUGCCUCUCUCUCACUCUCCCUCUCUUUGUAGGCACUUUUUGUUCUAAAGUAUCAGCUUCAAAGCUUUAUUCUUUCUGUACACAUUUUGAAUAUUGUUUUUUUCGUUUCAUUUUUACUAACUAGGCAUUUCAUGUUGGAGUCAUAAUUUAUGAUUACAUAUCUGCAGAACUCACA